ACAGGACCAGUGGCAAUGGAGUGUCGCGCGGGCGAUGGGGAGGAGAGCGAAGAGAGUGUUCACCCCAAAGUCAAGGAGGAACUGGAUCGACUAAAUCAAGCCAGCGAUGAAAUAAACAGACUGGAAAACGAACUAGACGAGGCUCGCUCUCGGUUCAGCUCGACCAGAAACGAUUCCACACACCAGCUGAAUGUGCUGGCCAACAAAGUCAAGGCCUCCAACAUCAAGAAAGCCAGGCCUUACUAUGAGGCGAAGGAGAAGGCCAGAAAGGCUCAAGAGGAGGCUUUGAAAGCCGCGCGUCAGUUCCAGUCAGCCAAUGGGAUCCAUCGAGCCGCCAAGGAGACGAUCAGUUUGGCUGAGCAGAAGUUGUCACAGGAGCCUUCAGGGCGUGUCCUAACCUCUGAGUGGCAGGAGAUGUUCAACCAUGCCACCAUCCGGCUGAUGGAUGCAGAAAGAGAAAAGAGGCGUAGUGAGGAGGAGCAUCAGAUGAAAUCCCACGUGUUCAGUGAGGCCGAGAAACACAUGCACGGAGAGGAGAAGAAACACAAGCGAGCCAUAGCCCGAGCAAGACCUUACUUCGAAAUGAAGGGGGAACUACAAACAAAAUUAGAGUUGUUGAAGGUCGCUGUAGAGGCUCUCCAUGAAGCCGUCACUAUGUCCAAGAGGAAGUACUCUCACGCCCUUAGCAAUCUGGAGACAAUCUCCAACCAGGUUCAUGAGCAGCGAAAGGGCAGACUGAUGCUCCACCUACCCCGGGAGCCAGGGGUGGGAGCGGAGAGCGCCGAGCCUGGGGGUGGUGCCAUUCUCAGGACAAGUUUCGACGAUCCUGAAACACCGAGUACUUGUCAGGGGAACUUUGAUCUCUUAUCUAAGGAAUGUGAUAUCCCCGAAGAAGAUGAGGAUAUCGACGACGACGAUGACGUCACCGAAAGUAGUAGUGACUUCACGGAAAAUGGUAGUGACGUCAGUGAUGUAAGCUGUAAGUGGGCUUCAUCUCGGGACAUCGACGCUGAACAAGCUAACAACAAUGAGUUCGAGGCUUUAAGUAUAAGUGAUAAUUUAGCCCGGAAAGAUGAACAACCAUUUACGGGUAGCAGUCAUCCAUCUUCAGAAUGUGUAGACUCUGAAAAUGAACAAACGGCAGGAACUUCACAACUCCCAGCUGAGGCAACCAGUCAUAGGAUUUCCCCGAGGCUUGAUGGCUGCCAAGAAAGCCCCAACGUUUCACAGCAUGUUCUGGCAAAUGGCCACACCCUAAGAUCACAGGAAGUAGAACAUGUCCUCCAGCCGACAAACUACAUCAGUAGUUUACACGGUUCUCAUGAGCCAAAAGUCAAUUCAAAUGCCUUGUCAGGUCACAGUUUACGACCGUUAGAAGCCACAAAGCAAAACCAGUCAUACAGAUCUUCUAGCGCACGCAGCAUACAACCUGUCGAACAACACGAGUCACAGAUGCAACCUUCCGUGGAGAGAGACAAUAGAGAUAGUUCGAAACAGUCGUUGACCAGGGAGAUAAUGCCCAGUUCAGAGAAAGAAGUCAUUCCAGGAGAGUCGGAAAUUGGAAGAUUAGAAGCAUCUUCACAAAUGUCACUGACUACAGAUAUCUCUCAACAAGAGUCUGAAAUACACUGUGUAAGAAGUCCAACGGAGACGAGCGACUCCCAAAGAUUGCCAAAUACGGGAAUUUCUCAUCAUUCACAACAAGUGGCAUCAAAAAUAGACAACUUCCAACUCUCACAAGAAAAGGACAGGACUGGGCAGUUACAAAACGGGGACGAGUCUCAAGGUUUACAAAACACAGUUGGUUCUUAACGGUUACAAAAGGUAGACGAUUUUCAACAAGUCUCAAUGGUCAGUAUAGGCAGUUCUGUCUUCUUAACAGUUUCAAAA